CGCCACGGCCGCCACGGCGCCAGCAGCGCCAGCUCCGAAAGCAUUCAAAAUGGCGGACUUUAAAAGUGUACAAGUGUUUUCGUACCCACGUGCGGGCGUCAAAACAACCGAGGAUACCGUCUACUGGAAAAGACUGUCGCUCCCGGUCACCGUCAAGGAUAUCGCGGCGAUCAACUAUGUCGACAUAUCCCCGGAAGAGCCUUACUCGUUCGCUAUUACGUGCUCCUCCCGCGUCCAAGUGUUCAACCCCGUGAGUCGCGAAAUCACCUGCCGCCUCUCCAAAUUCUCUAAAGCCGCUUGCGGCGGCAUCUUCCGAGACGACGGCAGACUAAUUGCAGCCGGCGGUGAAGACGGUGCCGUCAAGUUAUUCGACAUCAAGACAAAGUCGCUACUCCGACAGUUUACGGGCCACAAGGGCCCCGCGCAGCGGUGUGCGUUCACUCGAGGCGGUACCCAACUGCUGAGCUUCUCCGACGACACCACGGUCGCGCUUUGGGACAUCCCUGGCCAGGCUAGAGUCUUGUCCAUCGACGCCCACGACGACUACGUCCGAUGCGGCGCCGUGUGCAAGGCCCACCCGGACGUGGUACUGUCCGGAUCGUACGACCACCACGCUAAGCUGUUCGACCUCAGGUCAUCUGACGCGGUUGUCACGGUGAAUCACGAAGCGCCCGUCGAAUCCGUGCUUAUGUUCCCAACGGGCGGCAUCUUUCUGACCGCCGGCGGUCCCUCGAUCAGAGUCUGGGACGUCGUAGCGGGCCGUCUGCUCGCCCAAGUCACCCAACACCACAAGACCGUGACGUGCCUCAAGCUUGCAAGCGAUGAACAACGUCUAUUGUCCGGAUCGCUGGACAGGCACGUUAAGAUCUUCGAUGUGGCUACAUACCAAGUCGUUCACAGCCUAGACUACCCGUCUCCAGUCCUCUCUCUGGACAUCUCGCCUCAGGAUCAAGUCCUUGUGGUUGGGAUGACGUCAGGACUCAUCUCUGUCCAGCGCCGGAAAUCUGACCAGCAGAAGGAGCCGUCCUUGAAGAGGAAGCGGACGACCAGUUACUUCCAGACGACACACGCCGACCCCGGGUUCGUCCCACGAGAUGGCGACACCAUAGUGUCCGAGAAGACGCUGAAACACACGUCCAAGUACAACAGCUAUCUCCGGACGUUCCAAGUCUCCAAGGCUCUCACCAGCGCGCUGCGGCACGCCAACUUUAGGAAGGAACCUCAGGUCGCUGUUGCUGUGAUGCAGGAACUGAUACGGAGACGGGCCCUCAAGUCUGCACUGGCCGGGAGGACGGGGAAGGAUCUUGUGGACUUGAUGCAGUUUGUCACCAGGAACCUGACAGACCCACGCUUCUCUAGGAUUCUCCUGGACGUAGCUAUGCUCAUGGUUGAGGUCUACCACCCCGAGGUGACGAGCUGUGACGAGACGCACCGGAGGUUCCAGAUCUUGCAGAGGGUGAUUGAACAGGAAGCCAAGCACAUGUGUGAGAUGAUGGAACUUAAGGGGUCCAUUGAGAUCCUUCUGGCAAACUCCUGUGGAAGUGUUCACAAUGGUGGGGCACCUAGUUCUGUUGCAAGGGUAGAAGUGCCGAAGCUAUGAUUGUCUACAAUAAAUUAUCAUCGCCGCUGAUAGAAGAAUGAA